GCAGAGAAGAUGAAGUCAAAUAUCACAUGUCAGCAGUUUCCAAGAAACAUGGUGGAAAAAAUGUGUAUAAAAAAUGAAGAAGGCAUUGAAGAUGAUCUUACAACUCUGGAUAGAAAAGCCCUCUUACAGCAAGGUUUUGCAGACAGUCCUUAUAAAGCACUACGGAGUGCCAGAAAAUAUGAUGCAGAAGUUGUGGCGGCCGAGAAGAAGAAACAAACUGUUGCUGAGCAAGUGAUGAUAGAUCACUUAUCUAGGGCUGUAAUCAGUGAUCCAGGACAAAAUGUAGUCAAUGGGAAACAAAGCACUCAUAUCCUUUCAGAUCCAAAUAUGGCACCUCUUCGGUUUAGGAAAAGAACAUUACAUGAAACAAAGAUAAAAACCCAUUCUACAUUAACUGAAAAUGUGCUUUCUAAUAAAUUGCAAUUUGAUGGUAGGAUCAUAUCAAGAAAUGGACAUGAUACUUGUAGAGAGCUGGUUGGGUUCUUUUUCACUCAUGACCAGUCCCUUACUGUUUAUGAAUAUAGAAAAUUUGGGAAAAACAGAACAAAUGUGCUUCCUUUUAUUAAGAAGAACAUUUAUAGACAUCAGUGUGGACGAAGAAAAGGAAAACAAUACCAACUUGGUGAUUUUUACAUUGAUGCAGACUUGACGUUUUUGACUUCUGAUCACCCCAGCCUUCCAGAAAGCACAAAAGAAAACCAAUUACUGAUACUUCGAAUUACAAAUAUUGAUCGGAUAGCUUUGGAUUCUCUCAAAGCUGCUUCUAAGGAACAACAAGAUGGUGAAACCAGUCAAGAAGGCAGUGAUAAGCAGGUCUUCAAGGCUGUCCAAGAUGUGCUAAAAGUAAAACUACAGAAAAGAGGUGUUCGUGUUUUGACUGGACUGAGAAAAUACUUUCAACAGUUGGACAAAAAAGGAGGUGGACUUUUAGACAAGGAAGAUUUUAAACAAGCUCUAAAAUUAUUUCACUUAGAAGUGCCUGAAAAGGAUUUUGAGUCCCUGUGGCUAAUUCUGAGUGAUGAUGGCAGGAACAAGGUUGAUUAUGGAGCAUUUAGACGUGCCAUUAUUGGUGAAAUGAAUGAAUAUAGAAAAUCAUUUGUUCGAAAGGCAUUUAUGAAACUGGAUUUCAAUAAAACUGGCAGUGUAUCUAUUACAGAUAUAAGAAAAUGUUACUGUGCAAACAAGCACCCUCAGGUACUUUCAGGUCAUUCUACCGAGGAAGAAAUCAAAUCAUCUUUUCUAGAAACAUUAAAAGAUGCUUGCAGCAAGUCCGAGGAAGUAUCAUAUUGUGAAUUUGAAGAUUACUAUGAAGGCCUAAGUAUGGGGAUCAUAGAGGAUGAAGAUUUUGUUAAUAUCAUAUGUACUCCAUGGGGAAUGUAG